AUGACAACGUACAUCCCUUCCAUCACCAUCCCUUCGCAGGUGUUUCUCAACCCCUCCGCAUCGAUCCUUGUUCCCGUUGUGCUGGGAACAUCGAUUGGGUAUGCCACCGGGCGAGCUGGCACUCAAAAGACAUACCUCCGAUUGAAGCAGCCCCCUCUGCGCCCACCACCAUGGUUGUUCGGCCCCGUCUGGACCGUCCUCUACGGGUUGAUGGGAUAUGCUGCCUAUCGCGCAACCUUCAAGGGGUUGUCGCCCUUCUCAUCCCCUGACACCAUCCGCACCACCAAGCACACAAUGACCCUGUACACUAUCCAGCUUGGUCUCAAUCUUGUCUGGAUGCCCCUCUUCUUCGCCGCCAAGCGCCCUGGUCUCGCCAGUGUAGACAUAGUCAGUCUACUGGGCGUCAAUGCGUACUUGACAUACCUCUGGCACCCCAUCGAUGCGGUCGCCGCAUACUGCCAGAUUCCUUACCUUGCGUGGUUGAGCUUUGCAACAUAUCUCUGCAUUGGAGUGGGUUCUCUGAACGACUGGGACCUGGAUGGCAAGGAUCCAAAGAAGCCCGGCACGAAGGACAGAGCGGCCAUGGAGAUCUAG